AGAUCCAGCCUUUUAUUACACGGCACCAGGUUUUAGUUUUGACUGUAUGUUAAAAUAUACCAAAGUAAAACUGGAAUUGCUUUCUGAUUAUAACACCCACUUAUUUUUCGAAAAUUCAAUCCGCGGCGGCCUUACACAAGCAAGUAUGAGGUACGCUAAAGCUAAUAAUAAAAAAACCCAAGAUUACGACUCAACAAAGCCUAAAUCAUGGGUAGUUUAUCAAGAUUGUAACAAUUUGUAUGGCUGGGCGAUGUCCCAAUACAUGCCGUACGGUGACUUUAAAUGGGUUGAACCUAAGUUAGACGGAUUAGAUGCUUUAACGCCGACCUCAGAUAAAGGCAGAGUGUAUGAGGUGGACAUAUCAUACCCUAAUGAACUUCAUGACGUUCAUAACGACCUUCCAUUUUUACCUGAGAACAAAAUUCCUCCUGGUUCAAAAGUGAAAAAACUUAUGGCAACACUUCAUUCAAAAAAAAAUUACGUAAUCCAUUAUCGAAAUCUGCAGCAAGCCAUAGCAAAUGGAUUAAUUGUAGAAAAAGUACACAGAGUUCUUGAGUUUAAACAAUCGGAUUGGCUAAAAAAAUACAUCGAACUAAACACUGAAAUGAGAAAGAAGGCGAAGAAUGAAUUUGAAAAGGAUUUCUUCAAACUCUUAAACAAUGCCGUUUUUGGAAAAACCAUGGAAUCUUUACGGAAACGUUUUAAGAUGGAACUAGUUUCAUGUCCGCGAAGAUUACAAAAACUCAUCAACAAGCAAACAUUUAAAAAUUGUACGACAUACAGCAAAAAUCUAGCUGCUGUCUCAUUGGCAAACAAAAUUAUCAUGUUUAACAAGCCAAUAUAUAUAGGUUUCGCAGUAUUGGAUAUCAGUAAAACCAAGAUGUACGAGUACCACUAUAAUGUAAUGAAGGCGCAUUAUGGCAAAAAUAUCACAUUAAUGUACACAGAUACAGAUUCGUUAGUAUAUUACAUACUGACUAAUGACUUUUAUAAAGACUUGGCUGUUAAUUCAAACUUGCUGGACAAGAUGGAUACAUCAAAUCUCCCGAAAGACCAUCCGUGCUAUAUUCCCGACCGUAAGAAGAUCCCGGGUUUGUUUUCCGACGAGACGGAUGGACUCGUUAUGACAGAGUUUUGUGCGUUACGGGCAAAAUCAUAUGCCUACAAGCUUAAUGGGAUGGAAAAAAUCAAAGCCAAGGGAAUCCGUGGGCAUGUGGUAAAGUACCACAUGUCAUUCAAUGACCAUAAGAAGUGUCUGUUUGAUGACAGUGAUUUAGACGUUUUCACUCAAAAUGUAUCCAUCCAAUCAUUCAAACACCAGCUCAAGACAAUCAAAUCGAACAAAUUGACUUAUAAUAACUAUGAUGACAAGAGGAUUAUACUUGAAGACAAAGUACUUACCUAUGCUCAUGGACAUUAUAAAUCUGUUUGUUAAUUGUAUUUAUAAAAAAUAUGUAUAUAUGUGUAUUUGUUUUUUUUUUACAGUAAUAAAAGUCUUAUAGCGUAU